AGGAGUUGGGUGUUGCCUCUGCGCGAGCUGAAGUCAGUGUCUCUAGUUGGGGGUCGAAGCCUUUGCGCGUUUGCAGCUGCCGCCGUCCUGUGAGCUCUGUACCGAUAAUCGUUCAACAAAACCACCAUGGGAGUCGAAGGUUGUACCAAAUGCAUCAAAUACAUGCUUUUCUUCUUCAACUUCAUCUUCUGGCUUGCAGGUGGUGUAAUCUUGGGCGUGGCUCUUUGGUUGAGACACGACAACAAGAUCAGCAGCCUGCUGGACCUGGAACUGGAUGGAACUAAACCCCCCAGCACCUUCUACAUUAGUGUCCACAUUCUGAUAGCAGUUGGUGCAGUGAUGAUGGUGGUCGGUUUCCUGGGGUGUUACGGUGCCAUUCAGGAGUCCCAGUGUUUGCUGGGAACGUUCUUUGCAUGCCUGGUCAUCCUCUUCGCCUGUGAAGUUGCAGCUGGAAUCUGGGGUUACAUGCACAAAGACACUGUGUCAAAGGAGAUGAUCAACUUCUAUGACACCGUCUAUGACCAAGCCAUGACAGAUACCAUCACUGAACAGAAGAAGACAGCUAUCACCAACGUACUCAAGGUCUUUCAUGAGACGCUGAACUGCUGUGGGAAGGGCACGGGGACCUCAUUUCUGACGCAGCUCACCGAUAAGCUAGGCAUCACCGAUGUCUGUCCCAGUCAACAGGUGUCUGUUAGUUGCCAUAGCCGGAUCCAAGAGCUAUUCUCAGAUAAGAUUUAUCUGAUUGGAAUUGCUGCCCUGGUUGUUGCUGUUAUUAUGAUCUUCGAGAUGAUUUUCAGCAUGGUUUUGUGCUGUGGGAUCCGCAACAGCCCAGUGUACUAAAAUGAGCGGGUGCCAACACCUCAUCAGAGGAAAGAACCACACAUGACCACAGUCCUUUCUUUUUUCUUUUAUAACCAGAAAAUCUCACAUAUAGUGCUUGCUGGAUUUAGUCAGCUCUUUAAUGCAAAUAAACUAACCUCCAUAGAAGAUUGUUUUACACUGUUGAUUUAUUUUUUGCCACAGAUGCUGUUCGAAGUGUUAGAUCAGUGCUACCUUUACGUAGCAUCAGUAGAAAUUAUAUUACACUGUCACUCAUCAGCUACAUUCAUCAGUCAAGGUGCUGUAAUCCUUCAAUGAUUGGUUGGUUUUUACUGCUUUCUUGUCUGUAAACAUGCUCUUACAUUCUUGCUUUUAUGGAUUUUUUUCAUUGUUUUCUGUACAAACUGUAUAUAAAUAUAUGAUGACAGUGCUUUCUGUCUGCCUGAGCAUGGACGUUGCAUUACAUGAAACCUUUCUCCCGCCCACCCCUCCCAGCUCCCUGUACUCGCUGCUCCACUGUCUACGCUACACUGAAUCGGAGGGUGGUGUGUGUGACCAGCACUAGUGAAGCAGCGUGGGUUAGCCUCACCAACAUGGUAGCAACUCAGAGUGGCACAUAAAACACCCAGAUCGUUGUGAUGGUUCACAUCCACAUUGCUCUGUGAUGUCUGCAUGUGGUCAGCCAUGGAAACUGGACCCAAAGUCAGUGUGUUUUCCAGAAAGCAGGCUUAAUAUGAUAAAUUCAGUCAGGACUUGUUGUUAUCGUAACUAACUAACUAAACAUUCAUUUAUUUAUUUGUUUCCUAUUCUACUUAGUCCAAUUCAGGGCCGCGGGCUGAGGACAAAUUUGAACUCUUUUACUGCUUGUUUACUCCAUUCUUAAAUUCAUCGAUGAAUUUAAGUAAUUCAUGUCAUUUCCGUCUCAUCACUACUUUUUGUAAUCUUGGGUUUUAUCUAGUUUUGGUGCCAAAGAACAUACAUAAGUUUUAGUUUAGUUUUUUUUCUUUUUAACCGCCAUAAAAACACACAAAUGCCAAACUGUUGAUGUGCUCCCACGAUGGCAGUCAGAUUAUCUGAGCUUUAUCACGGUGGCUUUUUGUAAUGAGUUAAUACCAAAAGAGUCCACCACGCUAAAUUUGACUCCUUGUCUCCCAUCAUCAUGGUUAGACUGAGUUCAUUAAAGCUGCUUUCUGGAAUAAAUCCUUCAUGUCCGACUCUGAGUGCUUAGUUUUCAUUUUUAUCAAAAAAAAGAAAAAAAAAAAAAACUUUACUGCUUCUAUGCAUGAACUUGUGGAGGCUUCAUGCUCUAUGCUCCAAUCCAUCGUCCCAAAGAAGAUUUUGAUGGAGGUGACGGUGGAUCAUGGAUAGCUUGUAGUGUAAAUGUUGUCUAUGCAUCCAUGUUUUCUUUUUUAAUGCUUUUUCCAGAUAAAAAAAACUGUCAACAUGUUUGUGAUUGCUUCCAGGCUAUAGCAAAAAUAAUGGCAGGCGGUGUCUCGUAAAUCUGUGUUGCCUUAAGACAAGAGUGGUGGAGGCCGGUCUCGUCUUGUCUGACAUGAUUAUGUCAUUGUACUGUUCCUCCAGCUCCACUGUCCUUCUGCAUUUACAGUUCAUGUAGUAACUAUCCUCAGUAGAGGGCCAGAUGAGGCUAAACACUCUCAUCUUGUCCUCCCAGCGGCAUGUAAUCUUUUCAUAAUCUUUGUACAUGUUGUGUAGGUGAUGCUUUGUCUCUUACUAACAGUCUGAAUGAGUUGAUGUGUGGAUAUUCAGAGCAGGUCCAGAGGUCUAUACUACCAAGCAGGAUUAAAGGAUUACAGAGUGAAAUUUAAGGUUUAGCUAUGGAUUUUCAGUCUCACAGAGCUUUUUCACUUCACACCGUGUUGUAUCUCUUAUCUCAGACCCUACCUGAGAUUAAACAUCACCGCAGGUGGACUUCUUCCUGAGCAGACUGUUUCUGACUAGAAUUAAAGACCAAUCUUCUCUGAUCUGAGGCGUAUAAUCAGAAGGGGGAGUUUAUGUCAAGUUUAAAGUUUUGGACAGCUUUUUUUAAAUUUUUUUUAUUAAAGAUUGAGUCUUGAUGACAGAAAGCGAAUGUGGACGUUUAACAUGUUUCUUCUUUUUAACUGUGCAGACAUGAUUUCAGCACCUGACUAAUUCAAACUGAUUCGAUAAACAGCUGUUUUAAUGACAGAUGGGGCAGCGAUAUUGAUCGGCUUAUUUCCACAUUUCCACAUUUAGUCAUAGCAUCAUUUAGAUGAGUUAAAAGAUUCUCUGGAUUUGUUUAACCUUCUCUGUAGUAUAGAUCCACCAGAGUUUAGUGCUCUCUGGUUGUCAGAGGCCACCGCCCUGCAGGUUUUGGAUAUUUCCCUGCUUCACCCUGCCAUGAUGAUUGGGUCAUUAACAGGCUUGUGCAGACGUGGAAGUGAUAGGCUUUAUUUCAGUCUGGUGUGGAGCAUGGAAACCUCGACAAGCCGUGGCAACAGUUAUGGAAAUCAUCAUUCUUGGAGGAUAGUCUUUCAUUUGUUUUAGUUUGUAAAAGAAAAAUUGGCUGUUUAAUAAAAUAGUUCUGUCAUCUCUGUGAUUUCUCUUUUUUGUUUGUUUUUAACGAACUAAAACUAUUAAAUGUUCCAUAUUUAUGCCAACGGUUUUAAAGCCGACUGGACAGAUGUCUCCUAAUGUUGGACCUGGUCUGUCUUCCUGCAACAUCCAUGUCUUUCUUGCAUGUGUAACUGCACAGAACUGCAGCUCUAACUCUUCAUUAACAAAUUCAUUAAAUCACUGCAUUUUUGUAAUCUCUCAUAUGAUAUUGGCUCUUAUCAACCAGUUAAAACCUUGCCUUGAAAACACCUCACAUUAAAAGUGGAUUGUGUCAUAUACCCCUAUUGUAUUGUACUAAUGAAGGUUGUAGAAAACGAUGUAUGCCUUUUUUUUUCUUUGUGAUAUUUUUUUUCCUGUCUGGUACAUGUAAAAAGUCUGGAAAGGGUGGAAGAUUUUGUGGCAGUGCCACCUGAGGGAAUGUCAAACUGAACACAUCAGCUGAUUUCAACCCAAGUUCUCCAGUCAUUAAAGGAAAAAAAACAUAAUUUUGGAGGCUGAUGAGGGUACUUACUGUCAUUUGCUGACCGUUAUCUGACCGUGUUGGAAGUUAGUGCCCUUUCUUUUUGGCAAUGUACUCUCAGGACCCACUGCCAUCCAAAUCUCAACCACUCUACCCUGUAGACUUUGGUUUGCCCAAAUAUAAAGGGAUUAAAUGUAUUUUACAAAUAGUGAA